AGGAGACACCGGGGGCUGAGGGGACGCCGGGGGCUGAGGCGGCACCGGGGGCUGAGGCGGCACCGGGGGCUGAGGCGGCACCGGGGGCUGAGGAGACACCGGGGGCUGCGGCGGCACCGGCUGCGAGCCGGACCCCGCACCGCGGGCCAUGGCGGCGGCGGCGGCAGCGGCCGGUUCCAACUGGGGCCUGAUCAUGAACGUGGUGAACAGCAUCGUGGGGGUCAGCGUGCUCACCGUGCCCUUCUGCUUCCGAGAGUGCGGCAUCGUCCUGGGAGCUCUGCUGCUGGUUUUCUGUUCCUGGAUGACUCAUCAGUCCUGCAUGUUCCUGGUGAAAUCCGCCAACCUCAGCAAGCGCAGGACCUACCCCGGCCUCGCGUUUCAUGCCUAUGGAAAAGCAGGAAAAAUGUUGGUGGAAACAAGCAUGAUUGGGCUGAUGCUGGGAACUUGCAUUGCUUUCUAUGUUGUCAUUGGUGACUUGGGGUCCAACUUCUUUGCCCGGCUGCUUGGAUUUCAGGUGUCGGGCAGUUUCCGGAUGGUUCUGCUCUUCGCCGUCUCGCUGUGCAUCGUUCUGCCGCUGAGCCUGCAGAGGAACAUGAUGGCGUCCAUCCAGUCCUUCAGCGCCAUGGCGCUCAUCUUCUACACCGUCUUCAUGUUCGUGAUUGUGCUGUCGUCCUUCAAGCACGGCCUCUUCAGCGGGCAGUGGCUGCAGCGAGUGAGUUACACGCGCUGGGAAGGCAUUUUCCGCUGCAUCCCCAUCUUUGGCAUGUCGUUUGCCUGUCAGUCUCAGGUCUUGCCUACCUACGAUAGCUUGGACGAGCCGUCUGUCAAAAUCAUGAGCUCCAUAUUUGCUUCUUCCCUGAACGUGGUCACCACCUUUUACAUUACGGUGGGCUUCUUUGGCUACGUGAGUUACACCGAGGCCAUCGCUGGCAACGUGCUCAUGAACUUCCCUUCCAACCUGGUGACGGAGAUGAUUCGAGUGGGAUUCAUGAUGUCGGUGGCUGUGGGGUUCCCCAUGAUGAUUCUCCCAUGCAGACAGGCGCUGAACACCCUUCUCUUCGAGCAGCAGCAAAAAGACGGCACCUUCGCUGCUGGGGGCUACAUGCCCCCGCUGCGCUUCAAAGCCCUGACGCUGGCCGUUGUGUUUGGAACCAUGGUGGGAGGCAUCAUGAUCCCGAACGUGGAAACAGUCCUGGGCCUGACGGGUGCUACCAUGGGAAGCCUCAUUUGUUUUAUCUGCCCGGCUCUUAUUUACAAGAAGAUCCACAAGAAUGCACUUUGUUCACAGAUCAUCCUGUGGAUUGGCCUGGGAAUCCUGGUUAUCAGCACGUACACCACCCUGUCUGCCACGGAGGACGCCCCGGUGAAGGUGGAAGCCGUGGGCUUGGAGCACCUGGACGGAGAGGAGCACAGAAUUGACCAGGACUCGCUCAAAAUCCCAGAGCAGAACCCGGCGGCGGAGGCGGCGGCGGAUGACCGUGCUAAACCCAAACUGCUGGGGGAGAAGGAGGAGAUGGAGCAGCCGCAGAUCAAGGUGCCCAUGGAGGUUCCCGAGAGAGAGGAGGACAGAGGGAAGCCGGAGGAGAAAGUGCAGCUCGACCGUCCCGAUCAGGGGAUCGCCCUGCCCGUGGGGGAGGCUCAUCGCCACGAGCCGCCCGUCCCGCACGACGAGGUGGUGGUGGACAUGGGGCGGGAGCGCGAGGAGUCCGACGAGAACAAGGCUGUGCCCGGAGCCGCCAACGACCGUCUGCUCGAGCCGGCGCUGGAUCCUCAGAAAGAGGCGCUUGGCCCAAAACAAGGGAAGGAAGCGAUUGCUGAGAACCAGCCGCGGGGAGGGACCGCCGAGCCCGGCAAGAAUGCGAAGAACGCGCUGGAGGUGAUGGCGCGGCAGGGCAGGCUGCCCUACAAAGAGCUGGAGCCAGACAAACGAGCGCUGGGAGCCGAGGCGCGAGCUGCCGUGCCCGACGGCGAGAUGAAAGCUGAGGCUGCAGGUGACGGGGAGAAAUCGAAGCUCCAGCUCCCCAGGAAAGCAGAGGAGGCUGCGAAGUCGGUGGAGAAGGAAGGAGACCCUGGUGACAAGCCGGAGCUGCCCGUCCCGGAGCGAGCGGAGCAGCUGGAGCCGCGGAACCCCCAGGAGCAGCAGCAGCAGGACGGGGAGAGCAAGCUGGAGGGACUUCAGACACUGGGUGUAAAAGCCAGCGAAGCGGGGCAGGCGAAGCUGCUGGACCACGCCGUGCUGCUGCAGGUCAUCAAAGAGCAGCAGGUACAGCACAAGCAGCUGCUUGACCAGCAGGCGAAGCUGCUGGCGGUGAUUGAAGAGCAGCACAAGGAGAUCCACCAGCAGAGGCAGGAGGAGGGAGGGGAGGAGAAGCCGAAGCAAGCGGAAGCGCAGCAGGACCCCGCCGCGCCCCUCCCCCGGAGCAGGGAGGACGAGGGUCCGGGCGCCAAGCAAGAAGCUGCCGCUCAGCCGCUCGGCAAAGAGCCGCGGGAGCCACCGGGACAGGCUGCCGACGCCGGCGGGCAGCGCCGCGGGGCUGCGGGGACGCGGGGACAGCCCGCCCAGAGGCGCGAGAUUCCCGGCGUUCCUCCCAAGGAGCGGAAGGUGCUGCCGCAGAACGACAGAGCCAUUAAAAAUACAGCGGAGAACCGGGAUCCCGUUCACGGGGAUGCCCAACACGUUCCAGCGGCCAGAAACCACCUAGAAAAGAAGCCCUUGGCGGAGGAUUUAGGAGGAGGUCAGGACUCCAAAGCUGGAAGAGACGUCCACGAGAAGAAGAAUUCCAUGAAAGCCGUGGAAGAGGCUACAGCUCCCGUCCAAAGAGAACAGCCGGGGGCUGCCAAAGUUCAGGGACUGGCAGAAAAGAGCCUGGAAAGAGACGCGGGAACAGACCUGAAAGCCAAAGCCCUGAGCCGGGUGGAGCCCGGAGCCCUGGCAGCCGCGCAGGACCAGCGGGACGCGGCAGAGGGCGAGCGGCACCUGCGGGCCGGGCCGGGGGCUGCGGCACAGGGGGCGGCGGGCGCUGGCGGGCGGCAGCACGACCUGCAGCGGGACCUGCCUGGCCAGGGGGAGCGCAGGGAAGAGGCUCCUCGGGAGAAGGGGGCGCAGGAGCCGCCGGGAGGGCUGCGGAGCCGGCAGGGACUCGGUGACGGGGCCCUUGCCAACACCGCUGAGAAGAAACUGGGCCCUGAAAACGACCGAAAACCCGAGAGAGGAGUGGCUGCCCACGGGGACCCGCAGCUGGACGAUGAUGUCAAACCCAACCGCGACCUGAAACUGCAGGCGGACCUGGACCUGCGCCGGAGGAGACGGGACCUGCUGCCUCGCGAGGAGGAGGAGGCUGCGCAGGGGGCGGGGGUCCUCAUUGGCCUGAACCCCCUCCCAGAUGUGAAGGUGAACGACCUGCGGAGCGCGCUGGAGACGCGGCUGCAGCAGGUUGCGGAGGGCGCGCAGCAGCUGGGCCGCAGCCGGCACAUGGAGCAGCUGCCGCGGGCGGGCGGCAGCGUGUGAGCGGGGGGCCGCGCCGUGGGUGGCUGCGGCUCUUGGCCGCGGGGCUCGGGAGCGCCGCGGGGAAGGUUCGAGUGCACCAGCUGGCUUUUCGGCCGCCGCGGCUCAGGAAGGAGGUUGGUCGGAGCCGCGGCGCUUUGCUGGACGCAACGCUGGGACCCGCGGGAGCUGCCGGGACCCCUGAGCUCCGUCCAGGGGACGGUGGCACCUCCCUGUCUGUCGCAGGAGGUGGCAGCUCUGGGGACAAAGCUCCCGCUGUCCCCUGCCUUCCCCUGGCUGCCACCUGCGUCGGCUCCCUGCCAGCCCGGCUCUCAAACACCUCGUUCAACAUCCCGUUCGUAUCGAAUUGCCUUUUCCAUCCAGCUCUUGGCUCCGUGCUCCGCACCGAAGUGAUUGUCCCCGAGGUGAUUGUCCCCGAGGUGAUUGUCCCCGAGGUGAUUGUCCCCAGGCUCCCCAGAGCAGCUUCCCCGAGGGGGGACCCAGGAUCCCUCCCCAGGAACGGCUUCGUUCUGGAGAAGCAUCAAAUCAGGCGUUGAGAACCAGCUUAGCCAUUUGCUUUGGUGUUUCUCUUGAAGUGGGAGCUGUUAGUCUUGCGUGUUUAGGAGAUAGUUGUGGUUUAGGAACCUCGUUUAGUAGAAACGCUGCCUUAAACGGGCACAACGGCCGCUGUUGUGCUGCCUCGACUCCCAGGGACUCUGUUUGUUGGCCACACACAAGCAAUAAGCCGGAGCUUUGCUGUCCCGCCCUCCCGGGCGCUCGGCUCAGCGACUCCUUCAAAGUGCUUUACGAAGCUCAGCCGGGGGCGCCCCCCAAACCAGCCGGAGUUUCUGCAAGAGGCGACUGAUUUGGGAACAAAAGAAGCGGUUGAAGCGGGGACCGGGGGCUCAGGCGAACCUACCUCUGCUCUGCACCGCGGUGCAGUGUUUGUCCUCUGUGUUUUACACCCGUCGCUGUCAGCCCCUGCCCUGGAGACGUGUUUCAUGAGCAAGGAGGGGAAGAGCGGCGCUGGGAGCGCCGGUUCCCCCCAGGCUCCCAGACCGUGAUUCAUCCCUCUGCUCGUUGCUUUGUUUUGUGUUUGUUUUUACAUCCUGACUCACGAAUGUAACAAAUCAAAUCCCAAAGCUCUCGCUAGAACGGCUGAAAUUUCCCAGCCCGGAGCCUACAGACCUCAUCACUGUGCUGGUUUUUAUAUCCGCGUCUCCACGUGUCUUUGGUAAACGAGCCUCGCGGAGUUUGCGGUGGAUGGGACCAUGGGGACGGUCACCCCGCUCCGGGCUCCGCUGCUCCGAGGAUGUUGUCUUAAUUCCUCAUUAAAAUGACACGGAGCCCCAGGACGAGCCGCGGACCCGGGUGCCCGUUCUGCAUCGGGGGACACCCCCGCGCCCCCCGGGAGCUUCUCCCGCGCUGUCUGAAGCACAAGCGACGCGGCCGCAGCCCCAGAGCCGCUCGCAGCCUUUGUGAAGCGCGAGGGCACGGGAGCCAGGGCAGGAUCUGCCGGGCUGGAUCUGCCCCGUCUGCGCCGCCUGCCCGUCCCGAUUUUGAGCUGUUGGUGUGAACACAAAGGACCAAAGACGCUCCUGACGUUCCUCAGCACCGGCUGGGGAGCGGCGGGAGAGACCAGAGGGGAGGCCAAGCUGGUCAAUAAAACAACCUGAAGCA